AUGAAGAAUAAUUAUGUCAAAGAGAAUUUCUCAAAACCUUAAGACUAUUUAGAUGGCACUUAAGAUGAAUUAAAAGGUAAAAUUAAGAUACUAAUGAAUAAAUUACAAAUCACAAAGAAAGAAAAAGAAAUUUUAACAAAAGAAAAUCAAAAUCUAUAAUAAGAAAUAUUACAAAUGUAAUCAAAUCUUAGAUGUAUGGUUUCUGGAUUUGCAAAUACAAGCAUAACAUUUCCUAUGGCAAAUGAAUUAAGUAAUUCAAUUGCAGAAUUUUACAAAUGCGAAUGUUUUGAUAUUUUUUUUGAUGUUCUAAGUCAAGAAUUAAACAUGAAAGGAAUUGUUUAUUUUUUUUAAACUGCUAUGUUUAGAAUAGAUAAAAUAAUUAAUGAUUAUUUUACACCUUUAUUCAGAAAUAUAAUAGAUGUAAUUUUAUAUGUUUUAAUAUUUAAGGUUGGUUGUUUAACUACUAUUGAAGGACCAAUUAUCAAUGUAUUAAGAAAGUCAUUUCAAAGUAAUUACAAAUAAAUUUAUGAAAAAUGUAUGCUUAAUUUAAGUAGUGUUAAAAUAGAAUUGUAAAAAAGUUUAAAGAUAAAAAAUGGGGAUAAUAUUGAAAUAUUUUUAAGUAUAACCUCAAUUUAAUACCGUUAGACAAGUUAUCAGAAAUAAUGUUUAACUGUUUCAUAAGUGAUCCUUCUUUAUAAUUUGAUAUUUAAUCUAUAGGACAAAGACAAUAAUUUAAUUAAACAAGAAAUGAUCCUAUUGAUGGAUUUCUAAAAAAUAAAGAGGAAUGCAUUAUUUUAAUGCCUGGAGUAUAUAAAAAUUAAGAAUAAAUGGCAAAGUCUUUAGUAUUAUCAUAUACCUAUUAAUUAGAAAAUAACUGA